AUGGGCUCCCUGCAGCUGGACGCGGGCAACGCGAGCUGGAAUGGGACCGAGACGCCGGGGGGCGGCGCCCGGGCCACCCCUUACUCCCUGCAGGUGACGCUGACUCUGGUGUGCCUGGCGGGCCUGCUCAUGCUGCUCACGGUGUUCGGCAACGUGCUGGUCAUCAUCGCGGUGUUCACGAGCCGCGCACUUAAGGCGCCCCAGAACCUCUUUCUGGUGUCUCUGGCUUCGGCCGACAUCCUGGUGGCCACGCUAGUCAUCCCUUUCUCGCUGGCCAACGAGGUCAUGGGCUACUGGUAUUUCGGCAAGGCGUGGUGUGAGAUCUACCUGGCGCUCGACGUGCUCUUCUGCACCUCGUCCAUCGUGCACCUGUGCGCCAUCAGCCUGGAUCGCUACUGGUCCAUCACGCAAGCCAUCGAGUAUAACCUGAAGCGCACGCCGCGCCGCAUCAAGGCCAUCAUCGUCACCGUGUGGGUCAUCUCGGCCGUCAUCUCCUUCCCGCCGCUCAUCUCCAUCGAGAAGAAGGGCGGCGGCGGCGGCCAGCAGCCGACCGAGCCGCGCUGCGAGAUCAACGACCAGAAGUGGUACGUAAUCUCGUCGUGCAUCGGCUCCUUCUUCGCGCCCUGCCUCAUCAUGAUCCUGGUCUACGUGCGCAUCUACCAGAUUGCCAAGCGCCGCACCCGCGUGCCGCCCAGCCGCCGGGGUCCGGACGCCGCCGCCGCGCCGCCGGGGGGAGCCGAGCGCAGGCCCAACGGCCUGGGCCCGGAGCGCGGCGUGGGCCCCGUGGGCGCCGAGGCCGAGCCGCUGCCCGCCCAGCUCAACGGUGCCCCCGGGGAGCCCGCGCCCGCAGGGCCACGCGACGCUGACGCUCUGGACUUGGAGGAGAGCUCGUCCUCCGAGCACGCCGAGCGGCCCCCGGGGCCCCGCAGGUCCGAGCGCGGCCCCCGGGCCAAGGGCAAGCCCCGGGCGAGCCAGGUAAAGCCCGGGGACAGCCUGCCUCGGCGUGGGCCGGGGGCAACGGGGCCCGGCGCGUCGGCGGCGGGGCCCGGGGAGGAGCGCGGCGGGGGCGCCAAGGCGUCGCGCUGGCGCGGGCGGCAGAACCGCGAAAAGCGCUUCACGUUCGUGCUGGCCGUGGUCAUCGGCGUGUUCGUGGUGUGCUGGUUCCCCUUCUUUUUCACUUACACGCUCACGGCCGUGGGCUGCUCCGUGCCGCGCACGCUUUUCAAGUUCUUCUUCUGGUUCGGCUACUGCAACAGCUCCCUGAACCCGGUCAUCUACACCAUCUUCAACCACGACUUCCGCCGCGCCUUCAAGAAGAUCCUCUGCCGGGGGGACAGGAAACGGAUCGUGUGAG